GAACGAGAAAGAGAAGAUGAUAAAUAAAGAGUAGCGGCAAUGGAUAAUGGUACUGCCAACCAAAUGCCGUCCAAUAAAGUGGUUUAUCAUGAGAAUUGCGAGGGCUGCAAGGUUGAUGCACGGAAAGAAAAACACAAAGGUGUACCUUACAAAGAAUUGAUCUUUAUAUGGGUUAUUUUUCUGUGUAUAUCAUCUCUCUUUCCAUUCCUAUACUUCAUGAUAGAAGACUUCCGUAUUGCGAAAAAGGAAGAAGAUAUUGGAUUUUAUGCAGGAUUUGUGGGGUCAGCGUAUAUGUUUGGAAGAGCUGCAACCUCAAUUUUAUGGGGAAUGAUAGCUGAUCGUUAUGGUCGAAAGCCUGUCAUUAUCAUUGGUACUUUGGCAGUAGUAAUCAUGAACACUCUAUUUGGUCUCAGUACAAAACUUUGGAUGGCAGUUUCUACGAGGUUUAUACUAGGAUUGCUUUGCGGUUUACUUGGCCCCAUCAAGGCAUAUGCUUGCGAAGUUUGCCGACCUGAACAUCAAGCCGUGGGACUAUCACUUAUCACGACAUCGUGGGGAGUAGGCUUGGUCCUUGGUCCAGCCAUAGGAGGCUUUCUGGCGAAGCCGGCGAAGAAAUACCCGAAAGUGUUUCCUGCGGGAUCUUUCUUUGCUAGAUUUCCGUUUUUCCUACCCUGCCUAUGUAUAUCAAUCUGUGCAGGACUCGCGUUUAUAACUUGUUGGUGGCUCCCGGAAACAUUACAUAGACAUAAUGUCACAAAUGAAGAACAAAAUGUGGAGGAUAAAAAUGAAAAGCUACCAGGUAUAGAUAGAACCAAAUCAGACACUGAGAAAAGUCUUGUUAGGAAUUGGCCGUUAAUGUCAUCCAUCAUUGUGUAUUCCCUUUUCUCGCUUCAUGAUAUGGCAUACUCAGAGAUUUUCUCCUUAUGGGCUGUUAGUCCUAAGAAGUUUGGCGGAUUGAGCUUUUCUACCAAGAAAGUUGGUACAGCACUUUCAAUCACAGGCGCUGGUCUAAUUGUUUCUCAACAAGUUCUGUAUCCAAUAGUUGAGAGGAUUUCUGGUCACGUGAUAAUUACUCGUACUGCCUCGGUUUUGUCAAUACCAUUGCUAACAAGCUAUCCUUUCAUAGCCAGGUUUUCUGGUGUGAGCCAGUUUUUAGUCUUAAACUGUGCGUCUGUGCUGAAGAAUGCGUUUUCUAAUGCAAUUCUCACUGGCUUAUUCCUUAUUCAAAACAACGCUGUGCCUCAACACCAAAGAGGAGCUGCAAAUGGUAUUGCAAUGACUUCAAUGUCUCUUUUCAAAGCAUUUGGCCCGGCCGGAGGUGGCGCUAUGUAA